AUGGUACUUCCACUACGCUGCGUCCUGUCGGUCAUUACUGCCCUUCCGCUCGCUUCGCUUGCAACCGUCAUUCCUGUCGCCUCCAAUUUCCACCCUCACGAACAUCCGACCCUCACAAAACGGCUUCCCGGAGUAUGGUACCAGGCAGACGACUCCCCCGCUCAUUCCCUCUUCCACCGCAACAAACUAUCUGACCGUCAAACGUCCCCCACCGUCGGUUCUUCUACGUGGUCUGCGGCUUACCCCGAAGACACUCCCGACUCUAACCAGCUUCCUCAGGCGUGGGUCGACGCGCUCGACGCUGCUGUCUCUGCGGGCAAGAUUCCCAGCAUUCCAGUGCCAACCAUGGGUCCUGACGGCAACCCUGUCUACCCCGACGGCCUCGACCCUACAAGCUCUGAGGUCUGUUCUGGCACCUAUCAGUGCUACAUCCCUGGCGAGCUCUGGAAUGCCCCCAACGGCGUUAUUGCAGCCUCCUUCGACGACGGUCCUUUGCCCCCCUCCACUCAGCUCUACCACUUCCUGAGCGCUAAUGAUGUGCACGCCACACACUUUAUGAUCGGCCUCAACAUCAUUCAGUAUUGGGAAGAGUUCAACUUGGCGGUCGCCAAUGGAGACGAUAUCGCGGUGCACACCUACACGCACCCGUACACGACCACUCUUAACAAUUCGAUGGUCCUCGGCGAGCUGGGAUGGACAAUGCAGCUCAUACAUGACUCCACUGGGGGUCGUCUGCCAAAGUACUGGCGCCCGCCUUACGGUGACACCGAUGUCCGCGUCAGUGCCAUCGCCAAGGAGGUCUUCGGCCUCACUACUGUUCUCUGGAAUAACGACUCGGCGGACUGGACCAUUGACACCAAGGGCGGCCAGACCCAGCAGCAAGUCGAGGACUCUCUCACACAGUGGAUCGAAGGCCCCAAGUCCCCUGGCCUCAUCAUCCUCGAGCACGAGCUCACGAACGGUUCCGUCAACGCCUACAUGGACGUUUUUCCACUCAUCCGCCAGAACGGCUGGGACAUCGUCAGCGUCGCGCAGCUCGACGGUCUCCCGGCGUACCAGAACGUCGCGCCCGGCAGCGGCACCGUGCAGCCCGUCACGCAGGUGAUCGCGUACAACCCCACGAGCGCCGCACCGACAUCCAGCGCAUAUGUGCCCCCCGCGGUGGCCGCGAAUGCAAACCUGUCCUCGUCGUCCUCGUACUCGUCCUCACACUCGUCCUCGUUCUCGUACCCUUCCUCCGCCUCGCAGAGCGCGACCCCCAGCACGCAUGAUACGCAGAUGAAGAACGGUGCGGUGCUCUUUUCCCCCGCGUCAUCGUGGUCGAUGGCGGGACUCAUGACGGGCAUCGCCGGGCUCGCUGCGCUGUUUCUGUAG